CUUAAAAUUAUUUUCUGUGUUAUUAGACAAUAAGAAAUUUUAUAGCACUUGCAGUGAAAUUAUACUUAGAGUAUAAGCAGAACCAAAACAAAGUUGCAAAAUCUAUUGAGUAGUUUAGGGAGAUCUCUCUUUGGAAAUUUAAAUUUUCUGUGACAGUAAGUUACCAUAAGUAUUGGUAUACAUUGUGUUUCUCUCUUCAAAUAAGCAACUAGAUAACAAUGCAAAUCUCAGACUUACUUAUUUAACACAAUAGUUUUUAGCAAUGGAAAACCUACAGACAAAUUUUUCCUUGGUUCAGGGCUCAAAUAAAAAACUGAACGGGAUGGGAGAUGAUGGCAGCCCUCCAGUGAAAAAAAUGAUGACAGACAUUCAUGCAAAUGGAAAAAUGAUGAUAAACAAGAUGCCAACAGUAAAGAAGGAACACUUGGACGACUAUGAAGCGCCAAUGGAAACUGAUGAAGAGCACGUCAAGAGAACCUGUGCCUCUGUGCCUGAACCUUUACAUUUAAAUCCCAGUUUGAAACACACUUUGGCACAAUUCCAUUUAAGUAGCCAGAGCUCUCUGGGUGGACCGGCAGCAUUUUCCGCUCGGUAUUCCCAAGAAAGCAUGUCACCUACUGUAUUUCUGCCUCUUCCAUCUCCUCAGGUUCUUCCUGGUCCACUGCUCAUCCCUUCUGAUAGCUCCACAGAACUCACCCAGACUGUGUUGGAAGGGGAGUCUAUUUCUUGUUUUCAGGUUGGAGGAGAAAAGAGACUCUGUUUGCCCCAAGUCCUAAAUUCUGUUCUCCGAGAAUUCUCACUCCAACAAAUAAAUACAGUAUGUGAUGAAUUGUACAUCUAUUGUUCAAGGUGUACAUCAGACCAGCUUCAUAUCUUAAAGGUCCUGGGAAUACUUCCAUUCAAUGCCCCGUCCUGUGGGCUGAUCACAUUAACUGAUGCACAAAGACUGUGUAAUGCUUUAUUGCGGCCACGCACUUUUCCUCAAAAUGGUAGUAUACUUCCUGCUAAAAACUCAUUGGCCCAGUUGAAGGAAACUGGCAGUGCCUUUGAAGUGGAACAUGAAUGCUUAGGCAAAUGUCAGGGUUUAUUUGCACCCCAAUUUUAUGUUCAGCCAGAUGCCCCGUGUAUUCAGUGUCUGGAGUGCUGUGGAAUGUUUGCGCCCCAGACAUUUGUGAUGCAUUCUCACAGAUCACCCGACAAAAGGACUUGCCACUGGGGCUUUGAAUCAGCCAAAUGGCAUUGCUAUCUUCACGUGAACCAAAAAUACUUAGGGACACCUGAAGAAAAGAAACUGAAGGUAAUUUUAGAAGAAAUGAAGGAGAAAUUUAGCAUGAGAAAUGGGAAGAGGACUCAAUCCAAGAUAGAUACACCACCAGGAAUGGAAUUACAGUCAUGGUAUCCAGUUAUAAAGCAGGAAGGUGACCAUGUUUCUCAGACACAUUCAUUUCUACACCCCAGCUACUACUUAUACAUGUGUGAUAAAGUGGUUGCCCCAAAUGUGUCGCUUACUUCGGCUGUAUCCCAGCCUAAAGAGGUCACAAAGACAGAGGCAAGUAGAUCUAUACCAAGACACUCAGAGAAGCCUCACAGUAGUGGGAAACAUCGAAAAAUAGUGUCUUAUCCAGAUGUUUCACUGGAGGAACAGGAGAAAAUGGAUCUGAAAACAAGUAGAGAAUUAUAUAGCCGCUUAGAUCCAUCAGUCUCGAAUAAUUCUACAAGCAAAAAGAAACCUGAGCCUACCACUUGCAACUUAGCCAGAGACACAAGCAAGGCGGAAAUUGACCGUGAUGCUGCAGCUUCAUCUCCACUUCUUGUCAAGGAUGUCAUUUGUGAGGAUGAUAAGGGAAAAAUCAUGGAAGAAGUAAUGAGAACUUAUGUAAAACAACAGGAAAAACUGAACUCAAUUUUGCAGAAGAAGCAACAACUUCAGAUGGAAGUUGAAAUGUUGAGUAGUUCAAAAGCUAUGAAGGAACUCACUGAAGAACAGCAGAAUUUACAGAAAGAGCUUGAAUCUUUGCAGAAUGAACAUGCUCAAAGAAUGGAAGAAUUUUAUGUUGAACAGAAAGACUUAGAGAAAAAAUUAGAGCAGGUAAUGAAGCAAAAAUGUACCUGUGACUCAAAUUUAGAAAAAGAUAAAGAGGCUGAAUAUGCAGCACAGCUGGCAGAACUGAGACAGAGAUUGGACCAUGCCGAGGCUGAUAGGCAGGAACUCCAGGAUGAACUCAGACAGGAACGGGAGGCAAGACAGAAGUUAGAGAUGAUGAUAAAAGAGCUAAAGCUGCAAAUUUUGAAAUCAUCGAAGACUGCUAAAGAAUAGAAACCUUUGAAGAGAUUCAUCUGUGUGUUCCCAACAGGGUUUAUUUUUGUUUGUUUGUUUGCUUUGGUAAUUGAAUUAUGAACAAUUUAUCUGCAUGAAAAUAACUAGGCAUUGUAUCCAUUUGUAGAUCAGAGAAAGUGAAGAGAUUAUAU